AUGUCGAAACUAUCCAGCAGCCUCAAGGCUCUGAUCAACGCCCCGGGUGCGCGCUCAAAUACUGUCCCUGCCCCUCGCAAUAUACGCUCCGUGUACCAAAAGAUUCAGCAAAGCGCUCUAGCAAACAAUGUUUCUUCACCGUCAUGGCUGGCUUUGUCGACAGCCGCCACGAUGACUAUGAAUUCUCCCGAUUCCCUCGCGAUCUUGUUUCAAUUGGUUGCAUCGGCUCAGACAGAGGAGGAAAGCGUAGCCACAGCAGAGCUAAUGCGUGAGGUGGGGCUGAAAUGCAUCAGUUUCAACGGCAUCCCGCGGACGAUCAACUGCCUCAAUGCUUUCAAAGCGAGCUUGCCCGAAGCCGUCAGCAAGAAACUAUCGCGUACUCCGACUCGAGUCCCGGACCCGGGGAAUAUCAAUGAGAUUGGUAGGCGCGGCCGAGCCUUGUGGGACUCCAUCUACCGGCCCUAUGAAACCAAGCUUGUCAACAAAUUGGCGGAUUCGCAUCCUGAUCUGCCUGUCCAUAUUUUGAACAGCCAUUACGGUGCGCUAUUAUCGGAUCCUGCUAAGCGGACUACCGGUGCGAACGCUGGACGCAUCGUGACCUCUAUUGUCGCGAUUUCAUGCCUGCGUGCGCAGUCGGGUGUGGGACCGCAAGUGACAUCGCAUGUGUUUGGUCUGCGAAAGGCAAUCGAAGAUGGGUCAUGGGCUGACGACGUCGAAACUGAGCAAGGUGCCCUGUGGCUGGCAAGUGAUGAGGGUAAUACAUGGAUACUGGCCAGCGUGGAUGAUAUCGUCCAAUCGAUCAGCGAGGGCGCGGGGUCAAAUUUUGCGCCGCUCAGGACCUCUAAGCUUUGA